GUGAAUAGGUGUAUUGUUAGUCCAUCGUCGGAGCCGAUUGUGGAUCCUGUGAUUUUUUCAUUGUUGUGUAUUGCUAGCUGCGUUGUAAAAGUCUGACAUAGGGCAAUGCACGAUGGAGAAGACAUUUUGCCGUCGUGGAUUUCAUCAUCUCAUGCCCAUUGGACCCGUGCUCGAGUUCGAUGAACCAGACUACCGGAGGUGUCAUCAACAAGGCAUUGUGAACUUAUCCACUGGUGAACUCAGAAGACUUACCCAUUAGGUAGCACUGCCACAGUCUCUUUACUGUUAACCAGCAUGGCUCCCCAGGCUGAAUUGCAGAAAGGGGAGAACUUGACAAACAUGAAGGCGCUGAUCCUCGUGGGCGGCUACGGGACCCGCCUGCGUCCCCUCACCCUGUCGCGGCCUAAGCCGCUGGUGGAGUUCGCCAACAAGCCGCUCGUUCUCCACAUGAUCGAGGCGUUGGUGGACGCGGGCGUGUCGCACGUGGUGCUGGCCGUGUCGUAUCGAGCCGAGCAGAUGGAACAAGAGCUGCGCCAGGAGGCCGAAAAGCUGGGCGUUCAGAUCACGUUCUCGCUGGAGACGGAGCCACUGGGGACGGCCGGGCCGCUGGCACUGGCGCGCGACAUCCUCGCCUCCAACGACGAGCCGUUCUUCGUGCUCAACUCGGACAUCAUCUGCAACUUCCCCUUCAAGGACAUGGUCAGCUUCCACAGGAACCACGGCAAGGAGGGCACCAUCGUGGUGACAAAGGUGGAGGAGCCCUCCAAAUACGGCGUGGUCUGCUACGAUGAAAGAGGGAGAAUUGAGCGGUUUGUUGAGAAGCCGUUGGAGUUCGUAUCAAACAAGAUCAAUGCUGGACUGUAUAUAUUCAACACCUCCAUACUGGACAGAAUUCAGCUGCGGCCGACCAGUAUCGAGAAGGAGGUGUUUCCGGUGAUGGCGGAGGACGGCAACCUGUUCAGCCUGGAGCUGCAGGGCUUCUGGAUGGAUGUCGGCCAGCCCAAGGACUUCCUCACCGGCAUGUGCAUGUACCUCGGCUCCCUCAAGACCAAGAACCCUUCAGUGCUUCACAAGGGAGACGGCGUGAAGGGUAGCGUCAUAGUGGACCCGACAGCGCGCAUCGGCAGCAACUGUCAGAUCGGGCCGAACGUGACGAUCGGGCCGGGCGUCGUGAUCGAGGACGGCGUCUGCAUUCGGCGCGCCACUGUCAUGCGCGGCGCCCACAUCAAGUCGCACACGUGGAUCGAGAACUCGAUCGUCGGCUGGUCCUGCGUCGUCGGACAGUGGGUGCGGAUGGAGAACGUGACCGUGCUGGGCGAGGACGUGAUCGUGCAGGACGAGAUCUACGUCAACGGCGGCAUGGUGCUGCCGCACAAGUCGAUAUCGGCGUCGGUGGCCGAGCCGCGCAUCAUCAUGUAGCGAGUCGUACCAGGGCGGGCCGGCGCCCGCAGCGCCGGACGACUCCGCCCUAGGGGCCGGGCAGCGCCGCUGGGGGCUGGCACAAAGUGGGUUCGGGUCGGGGCACGACGGGUGGGUUCGCACGUGCCUUUCCAGACGGUUGUGUACAAAUGCGUGGUGCGACGCGUUGUGGCACAGCGGCGCGCCGCGUUUGUAGCUCGGCCGGUGCCGGGGUCGGCCGUGGAUCGAUGGCGCUACCGGGCUGCCGUUUUGUUUGCGUUGUGGCAGACAGGGCCCUGUCCGCUAUUGCGAUGCUUAAUUAUUUUCAAUUUGUGGAACCUUCUGGCUUCCAGGACAAAUUACUUCCGUGGGGCGGUACUAUACGUAAUUGUCGUGAGUUGGCCGGCAACUUAUAUGUUUCAAACAGCAGCUCCGGUAUCUACCCGCUGGAGAAGAGGGCAAAACUUCGUUGCGACGACCACGACGAAUGCGCUCAACAGGGCUGUGGAGAUCAGAAUGGUGCCAUGCUGCACGAGAUUCCCACGGAGAUUCCGUUGUCAUAUUUGCAUUUUGUCAUGUGUUUUCACGGUGCCGUUAAGGGCGCCUAUGUUGUUUUUAUUAUGAUGCUUGACAAAGUAUAUAUCUCUAAAAAUAUUUAGUUUAUUUUCCCUCAGUGUCCUGUGUGUUCUCACAAUAAGUCUUCAUUGUAAAGAAUAUUAUAUAAUUAUUAUAUUUAAAACUUCAGACGCGGGCAGGGACCGUUUCUGAAGUAAGCUGUUUUAGGUUUCGUAAAUUAUUGCUUCGCUUUGGGGUAUGAGCGUCUGCUCUGCGUCCGGUGCAUUUGAUCUGUUGCGCACCGUAAUACAUCUCGUGUGAAGUGAAA